AUGGCCGCAUUGAUGCAAUCGAAUAACGAACCUGUCUCUAUCUCUAAGCCUUUGUCUGGGGCGUCCAACUCAAUAAUCCCAGCUCCAUCGGAACCUGUCACCUUCCUAAAACAAUCAAAACCUGAUUCGAGUCUGACUUCAAUUGCUAGCGCCGGACUGAACGUUUCGCGCUCGGGAGAUUCCUUGCCCCCGAUGACAACAACAGCGCCCUCGGCCACCGGGCCACCAGAUCGACCACAGGAACAUGAAAAGGAAUCAGAUCAGCACAGUUCACAGGUUGCGAGAGAGGCUCUUGGGGCCAGCGAGAAGCAGGCCAACCCCAUCAAUGAGAGUAUACAAGCGUCGCCAGAUCAAAUGCAGGUAGAUUCUCAUCCAGCGCCGGGGAACGUGCAUGAUGCUUUCGGGGCAGCCGAUAACAACACGACGCUCAUGAACACCUCAACUGUAGCCAGCCCUGGUCCGAUCGAGGAAUCGACUUCCCAGGAUGGCGAUCGUUCUCACCACCGUGAGGAUGGUGAAAUCUCGCAAGAAUCAGGCAACAAGGCCUUUUCAUACCCGAUGCCCACUGCCAAUUUUAACGAUCCUCGGCGAGGUCUAAGUCUACCCGGUUCUGGAUUUCACAAAGGACAGCGGUCCCCGUCGGCGAAGAAGCAUCGCUGCCCUUAUUGUGCCACUGAAUUCACAAGACACCAUAAUCUUAAGAGCCAUCUCCUCACCCAUAGCCAGGAAAAGCCUUAUGUGUGUCAAACAUGCCAGUCGCGCUUUCGUCGGUUGCAUGAUCUGAAAAGGCACACGAAACUCCAUACUGGCGAACGGCCACAUAUUUGCCCCAAGUGUGGACGCAGAUUUGCCCGCGGCGAUGCUCUAGCUCGUCAUAACAAGGGCCAGGGCGGAUGCGCAGGGCGUAGAGCAAGCAUGGGAAGCUAUGUUCCCGAGGAAGAAUACGGUGACGCUACAGCACCGGGAGGCACCGAGGAUACUAUGGAGGGCCUUGUCUACGCCGAGCCAGAGCGUAUGGAUGAGGAAGAAGAACGGCGGCUCAAUAUGCCUAGCAUCAAGAAGCAUGAUAUGUCGACGGAUUCGAUAUCCCGUUCCAACACUACAACAAGUUACCAGCCACGCCAGCCGAGCACCUAUCCCCCAAUUGCCUCGGGCAGACCUUCCCCAGGGGGUCUCUUCCCUCCACCAAGCCACGCUGGCUCCAGCACAUCGACUUCUCCCAUAUCACAGUCCGGGAACAUGACAUUUCCACCUCCUGGUCAGCACUCUGGUUCAUCUGUUUUCCCCACCAAUAUCACAGAGAGCCCAAAACCGUUAUCACCAAAUGCAUUGUCAUCACAUCAACUUGGCCAUGGCCCGGAUAAUAAUGUCCAACUCCAUCGUGCUCAUUCUCCCGGUAUGGCCCAGUCGUUCCAACAGCAACCGUAUAACAGGGCAGGUCCCUCUUCUACCUCCGUCGCAACCCAUGCUGCUUCGGGUUUGGGUCUACCCCCGCCGCAACCGGGUGCUCCCCAGCUCCCUCCACCACCUGGGAUGAGCUCUACUGACUCCCGAUUUGCACUACAUUCGCAAGGCUCCGUCCCACCAGCACCUUCAAAUGCGAAACACACAUCAUCCCACGGUCACUCCAGCAACCAUAGUGGCUCGUUAUCCUCGAAGCCUGGCCUGGAGGGGGCUUCGAACAGUGGCAGCCAACUCCCCAGCCCCCAUGAAACCGCCUACAUUGAACAAAGUCGGGACCGCGAAGACAAGCUUUGGGCCUAUAUUCGCACGGUGCAUGAAGAACUCAGUGGGUUGAAAACCGAGGUUGCCGCGCUGAGAGCUCAACUUGCGUCUGCGAAUGUCAAUGCGUUAGCAAUGUCCAAUUCUAAUGCACCGCAGCCUCAAACGGAGGCAAACUCUGUCAGCACUGCAACACGAUGA